AUGGAAUCAAACUUAAGCACCAGUUUCCUCCUCGUGGGACUCUUUGGGAACACCGCCCACACUACCCUCCUCUACACUUUGACCUUCAUCAUUUUCUUGAUGGCCCUAGCUGGGAAUGCCCUCCUCAUUCUUCUCAUCUACUCAGAGCCCCGCCUCUGGACCCCCAUGUAUUCCUUCAUCAGCCAGCUCUCUCUCAUGGAUCUCCUGUACAUCUCUGUGACUGUGCCCAAGAUGCUGGUGGGCCAGGUCACGGGAGACCAUACAAUCUCCCCUGCAGGCUGUGGGAUCCAGAUGUUCUUCUACCUGACCCUGGCAGGGGCUGAGUUUUUCCUUCUGUCGGCCAUGGCCUAUGACUGGUAUGCUGCCAUCUGCAGACCUCUGCAUUACCCACUGCUGAUGAACCAGAGGGUCUGCUGGCUGCUGGUGUCUGGCUGCUGGCUCCUGGGAGCACUGGACGGCUUGUUGCUCACGCCCAUCACCAUGAGCUUCCCCUUCUGCAAGUCCAGGAAGAUCCUGAGCUUCUUCUGCAAGGCCCCUGCCCUGCUGAGGCUCUCCUGCUCGGAUGUCUCCCUCUACAAGAUGCUCAUGUACCUGUGCUGCGUCCUCAUGCUCCUCGUGCCCACUGUGGUCAUCUCCAGCUCCUACACCCUCAUCCUGCUCCUCAUCAGGACCAGCUCAGCCGAGGGCCGCAGGAAGGCACUGGCUACCUGCUCUUCCCACAUGACAGUGGUGCUACUCUUCUUUGGUGCGGCCAUCUACACUUACAUGCUCCCCGGCUCCUACCACACAGCGCAGCAGGAUGUGAUGGUGUCGGCCUUCUAUACCAUCCUCACCCCUGUGCUGAACCCCCUCAUCUACAGCCUGUGCAACAGAGAUGUCACUGCGGCUCUUAGGAGCCUGCUGCAGUCAAGGAGGCCCCUCCCGAGGGUUCUGAGAGGGAGUACCUGGGAGUGA